UUGGUCACAUGAUAUGUUCACCUGACAAAUUCAGUGUAUUCAUCGAGGAAAAUUCUGUGUGUUUUGAAACUUUUCUUUUUGAAAGUGGUCUAACAAAAAAUACAAAAAAUGAAAAUCUGUGGUCCUAAACUAUCCCUUUGUGGUCUUAUUAUCUCUGUUUGGGGUAUUGUUCAAUUGGUUCUAAUGGGUCUAUUCUUCUACAUAAAUAGUGUAGCCCUUAUUGAAGACUUACCGCUAGAAGAGGAAUACCACUCAUUGGAAGAUUUUUAUGCAGCAGCAAAUAGAGCAUACAACCAGAAUGCCUAUAAUUGCUGGAUUGCAGCAUGUAUCUAUGUUUUGACCUUAUUGCUAUCCGCCCAGCAAUUCUACAUGAAUAGCAGAGUAACUGCUAACUAAUAAUUUGAAAUGUAGUUUCCCAACUAUUAAAACUAGUAUUGAAAUUUUCGCUUCGAUAUAUUUGUUAGAAGUGUUUUUUGUUUUAAUAAAGUUAAAGUUCAAUUUA